GUGUGUGUCCGUUGGGGGGUGUUGACUUUCACAUGACAUUGACGCUCUGGAAAUGUUGAGUAGCUGCUGAUCUCAGACAGUCGUUGCUCGGUGGAUCCAGCACCACUCUCCGGUGGACAGCUCCCGCAGGACCGCUUUACAUGGACAGAAGGCUCAUUUACGAGCCAAGUCAUUCUGGAAGUUUACAACUUGGAGAGGAAUCUACGGAUACCUCACUGCAUGACACACGGGCAUAUUGCUUUUGGGAAAGAAGCCAAAUUCACUGUUAACUGAAACUGUGUCGGGUUUGAUCGGGUGUUUGCGUGGUGGAUCUCUGCUGCUGUCUAAAAUCAGAGACAUGGCGACAAACAACACCAAAAGCACCGACGGACAAGUUGUGACGGAACUCAACGAGAUCACAACUAACGACAAACCCAAAGCAGAGGACGCCAAACCAGAGAAAAAGAAGAAAGACAUUCCAGACAGAGAAACUUGGGGUGGGAAAUUUGAUUUUCUUCUGUCAUGUGUGGGCUACGCCAUCGGACUGGGCAACGUGUGGAGAUUUCCUUAUCUGUGCGGGAAAAACGGCGGAGGGGCUUUCUUGAUUCCUUAUUUUUUGACGCUUAUUUUUGCGGGAGUUCCUCUGUUUUUUCUUGAAUGCGCUCUUGGACAGUACACAUCCAUUGGCGGCCUUGGGGUUUGGAAACUAGCUCCAAUGUUCAAAGGUGUUGGUCUUGCGGCUGCUGUUCUCUCAUUCUGGCUGAACAUUUACUACAUUGUCAUCAUUUCCUGGGCCCUGUACUACUUAUACAACUCCUUUACCACUGAGCUUCCAUGGAAGUCUUGUAACAAUCCAUGGAACACAGACAGAUGUUACACAAACUACAGCAUAGUAGACACCACCAAUCUCACCAGCGCUGUCAUGGAGUUUUGGGAACGCAAUAUGCAUCAAAUGACUGAUGGCUUAGAAAAACCUGGUGAAAUUCGUGUGCCACUAGCAAUAACACUGGCCAUUGCCUGGGUUCUCGUGUACUUCUGUAUCUGGAAAGGUGUUAGCUGGACUGGAAAGGUUGUUUACUUCUCUGCCACCUACCCAUACUUCAUGUUGUUCAUUUUGUUUAUCCGUGGAGUGACCCUGCCUGGGGCUAAAGAUGGAAUCAUGUUCUAUGUCACUCCUGAUUUUGAGAAGCUGAAGCAGUCUGAGGUUUGGCUGGAUGCUGCAACACAGAUUUUCUUCUCCUAUGGUUUGGGACUAGGCUCUCUUAUUGCUCUGGGCAGCUACAACCCUUUCAAUAACAAUGUGUACAGGGAUUCUAUCAUCGUGUGCUGUAUAAAUUCAUUCACUAGUAUGUUUGCUGGAUUUGUGAUUUUCUCUGUUGUGGGCUUCAUGGCACAUGUGACAAAGAGACCAAUAGCUGAUGUAGCUGCAUCAGGUCCUGGUUUGGCGUUUUUAGCUUAUCCAGAAGCUGUGACGCAGUUGCCCGUCUCACCACUGUGGGCUAUUCUCUUCUUCUCCAUGCUGCUGAUGCUGGGAAUCGACAGUCAGUUCUGCACAGUGGAGGGCUUCAUCACUGCUCUGGUGGAUGAAUUCCCACGGCUGCUCAGGAAAAGAAGAGAGAUUUUCAUUGCAUGUGUUUGCAUUGUAUCCUACGCCAUUGGGCUGUCCAAUAUCACGCAGGGUGGCCUCUAUGUGUUUAAACUCUUCGACUAUUACUCAGCCAGUGGAAUGUGUCUGCUCUUUCUGGUGUUCUUUGAGUGUAUCUCAAUCUCCUGGUGCUAUGGUGUGAACAAGUUUACCAGAAAUGUGCACACUGCUUUUCUGAUGUUCACUGAAGCGAAACCGUCUGUUACUGGAAAUUAA